UAGCAGCAGAGCGGUUGACAGUCGGUGAACAGCCCACCACCUCCCAAGACAUACUUACGAACACUCAGGAAUGAUCACAUGACUCCUGCAGACUCUGGCAGCAGCCUUGACAGGAUGAACAGGAGUAAACGGACAUUAAUCAUCAGAGGUUCCUGUUGGGCAGCCUUUUCUCCAGCCCCUUAUUAUUCUGCCUACUUGUCCUCCUUUUUAAGAAUAUUCACACUCUCUUAUCUUCAGCGUCCUGCAGAGCACUUCAGUUGGAUACUAUAAUUACUUUAGUUGUACUGGUGACUUGUAUGAAAACUGCAAUUGUUUCGCUAUCCCACCCUAGAGGAUAUGGAUGGCUGUAUCAAUUCGGAGCACACAUCCUGUGCUUGUUGCCUCUGGAGGGCCUCUUAGGGUGUGGCUAAGAAAGAGUCUAGGAAAAAAAAAUUGUCGGCACUCAUUCUCUCCUAGAACAAGCCAGAGAGAGGGUUGCUAGCCUUGGAGAGCUGCAGCAGAUUACAGCUGACUUCGGAGAGGGAGUGAUGGAUCAUUGGAUCUGCUUUUUGUGUCUGCUGAGAGCGGCCUUCUGUCUGAUCAACGAGCCCUAUAAGCUUCACCUGGAGGAGGCCACCUUUGACCAUGCAGUGGAAACCUGUAAGAAAAACGGCUUUCUGACAGACAUGGCGGAGGAAGAAGAAGUCGCAAAGAUUAUUUCGCAUAUAGAGGGCAGUAACCCUUCAGGUACCCUUCACUUCUGGGUGGGUCUUAGGAAGUCCAAUUUGGAGUGUGUUUUGGAUGAUCAUCCUCUGAAGGGGUUCAAAUGGACCGUGAGCAACAGCAGCCACACAAAUGUAAGCAAGUGGAAGGCACAGCCGACUCAGACCUGCACUUCUGUCCUGUGCGGACUGCUCACUGUGGAAUACAACAGGACAAAGGUGACAGACUGGGGCUGGAACGGGAACAGCUGCAAGGAAAAGCACCCAUUUAUCUGCAAGAUCAAUCAACAAGUGGACGAAAUGGAACCAAAAUGUCAUAAGCCACACAUCUUUAAUGCCCGAAAGAUUUUACCAGUGAAGGAUAAUUCCAGUCUACUGGAAGUCCACUGUAUGUCCAAUGACACAUUUUAUUUACAUUGCUCCUCUGACACUAAGGAGUGGACGCUGGGAAGCGGACCGGGUGAAAUAAUACAGAUGUGCCUUGCAUGCAACCUAGGGUACAUCAGGAGUGACAUGGGAAGCUGCAUUGACCUUGAUGAAUGUGCAGAGAAGCCAUGUAAACUGCCAUCCCGCUGCAUCAACACACAUGGUUCAUACGUCUGUGAAUGUGACGCGGCCAUGGGCUACGUGCCCACUGAAGACUCAAAGUCAUGCGAGAAACUACCUCUGCCUACAGAUGCUCCAGCCGGCAGCACCACCACCUUCCAGUUCUUGCCCCUUACCAAUCCAUCUCCCCAGGCCACAGAUGGACAGGGUUCUCCGCCCACCCUCCCUCCAGGUCCCUCCACCACCACCGCAGGGGCCAGUGUGAUCCUGGAGACCUCAGAUACCCACCCCAGAAUCUGGAUUCCAGUGCUGGCGGCAGUGCUGUCAUUGGUGUUUUUGGUGGUGAUCAUUUCGAUUAUAGUGAAAUGCUGCCUUAGGAAGCGGUCGAAGAAGCUGUCGAAGGAAAAGGGGGGGAAGUCUAAGGAAACCGUUGUCCUGAAAGCAGCAGACUCAAUGGAAGAGAUAAACCAGAAGGACAUUGUGUGAGAGAACCUGCUUUUUGACACUCGGGGGGGUAAAUGGUAAAUGGACUGCAUUUAUAUAGCGCUUUUAUCCAAAGCGCUUUACAAUUGAUACCUCUCAUUCACCAGAGCAUUUAGGGGUUAGGUGUCUUGCUCAGGGACACUUUGACACGCCCAGGGUGGGGCUUGAACCGGCAACUCUCUGACUGCCCGAUAACCGCUCUUACCUCCUGAGCUAUGUCGGGUGAUUCAAUCAAUCCAGUGUUUAGGUCUCAGCUUUCAAAUGACAAUUUAUUCUUUUACAAGUCAUUUGAUUUUGGCUGGUGUAAUGAUGUAAUGGGGGAAAAAAAUACUAUAUAGAUUAUGACUAGAAGUAAAGCCUGUCUUAAAUAUGAUUCGUUGUUUUGCACUUGUUUGCUGAUUGAAUAGUCACUUAGUCUUUCAGGCUAUGGGGACACUACAUGAAGAAACUGUUCUUUGCAAGAAUGUAAAAAUACAGUGUGGCCUGUUUACGGGUAGUGCGAGAGUGUAUGUGUGUGAGACCUGGAAUAAAUCAGCAUUUUUAAAACUCCCACUCAAAAGUACAUUUUUCUACACAAUUGGUGAGUUAAAUUAUGGUUCUUGAGAAGUCAACCCAAAGAGCAAAUCUUGGAAUCCAAGCAUGUGUGUGUAUGUUCUAGUCAAAACCAAAGUUGCAGUUUCAAGACAAUUCAAAGGCUUUGUUUCUUUUUUACAAGCUGUGUUCUUUUCUAGUUGUACACACUGAUGUUUAUAUCAUUAAAGAAAAGUAUGAAUAAUUUCACAAAUGUUUGUUCUGCAAUAUGCAAUUUUGUCUAUUGGGUAUUUUCCUAAAUGCAUUCAUAUUUACUAAAGCAUAAAGUAUUUAUGUGUGUUUUAUCUUGCUUUUCCCCUCUGGAAAUACUUCCUCGUCGAUUUUAACAAGAUGCAUCUAGGCAGUUAUAAAGAAAAAGAAUAAAAAACAAUGCCAGUAAUAAUGAUUAGUUGUCUCACAAAUCUUUCACUUAACUUCUGUAAAAAACGAAGAUGUGUUCGAAAGCUGAAUUACACUAGUAUACUUU